CCGCGAACACACGAGCCGAUAGAAAGCAAGCUCCCUCUAGCUCUCUGAACUGGUUCUCCUUCCAUAUUUUCGACAUCGUUGAACAUAGACCCCGCGGAGAGCUCGCUUUGACAUGAUGGAUCCGGAAAAGAAUAACCUUCUGUGGUUGCGUGGGACGAAUUGAGUGCUGAGUGGUCGCCGCGACUAAUCGAAGUCGUUUUUGGGUGUCUGGGAAAACCACGCCAGGGAGUCGAAUAGAGAAGAAGUCUAUCAAAGGCGAAUUUCCUCUUCGCAAUGGAUGGAAAACAAGGAGACUCCUUUCCCACUCCAGUCAUAUGCAUGCCAAUGCUGACCGUGUGAUAUGCGCAUGCGUUCGAGUGAAAAGCGGUGUACCGUUCAACGUUGGGUUCGAUCAAGCAUGCGGCACGGCUGCCAUUUUCCUCGGAAGCUAGUCGCAACCUGUCAAGCAUCGGCAAUUCGACUGAUAACCUGACGUUAUGCAACAUCGAAGUGCUGAGCACAGGAGAUCACGUGAGUGACUUUCAAACGCUUGGCGUCAGACUCUCCGACAUGUCGCAUAUGGCUGGCGUAUACCAAAUCCUCAUCUCUGAUUGGUCACCCGAAGCCUGCAUUAUCCACGACCGACUCUGCCUGUGGAACUGCCUGACGGCCAGACGCGAAGUUGAAACUGGAAGAAUAGGGAUGCUCCGCCUUUGCAACGGCUCCCGCGGUGCACAGUCGCCUUAUUCCGCCCAUGUUAUCGCCCUGUGCGGCUCGAUUGUAGACGAUCGCAUAGGGAACGCUAGCUUCCGAAAUCCCAGCAUGAUCCCUCAUGAAUCACAACAUCAAUAGGGUGCCAUGUGCUGUCAAAUAUAAAUGGACCUGCUAAGUCUUCGAGAAUUCUAUCAUCCUCGUCUUCAAUUCCAUCAUUCCAACAAGCUUCUAUUCUCUGCAUCUCGCAUACCGACCUGGCGUCGUUUUUGAGCAUCUUUACUAUCAUUUAAUUCCAAAUCUCGAAAAAGACGACAUCGUUCAUUCACAGCUUUUCAUUCCCAAGAUACCCAUCAACAACAUCCAAAAUGCGUUUCACCGUCGCCGCUUUCUUCGCUCUCGUCGCCGUCAGCACCGCCCAGCUGACGGUCAACCUCGCUGGCGCUAAGAACGUUGGACAGGGCGACAGCUCCCAGUUCAUCACGGGUGGCUGCGUUUCCGAUGCCGAUUGCAGCUCGGGAUGCUGCGCAGAUUUGUCCGGCGUUGGCAUCUGCUCAGGCGAGGUAGCUGCGUUCCAGGCCGGAAAGAAUGGCUGCGGUUUCGAUGACCCGAAUGCGCAAGCCACCAUUGCCGCUGCCCAGGCUCAAGUCGAGAAGCAGGGCUUCAGGAGGGUGGUGAAGGCAUAG